GGAAGUAAGCUGUCACUUGCUACCGCCGUGGCUACAACAUAAUGUGAAAAGCCUAAAUGUAAGGCGGCUGUCAAGUGGCGGAUGGCAGCAGAAGAUCCUGGAGGUGUCAGCAGGACUCCGGUCUGUCUCUGCGUCCUCUGUGGGCUGCCUGCUGCCGGGAAGUCCACGCUGGCCCCCGGGGUCCUCCGCACCGCAGCUCAGCGCGGAUGGAGAGCCAGUGUGCUGCCGUAUGAUGACUUGAUCCCCGAGCAUGCCUUUCAAAACAGAGUGCUGGAGGAUAAUGGAAAGCUACAAGAUAUGGUAAACGUAGAGCACACUGAAUGGAAGUCACACAGACAAGCAGUCCUACGGUGCAUUGAGCAGUUUUUGGAGAAACCUCAAGUUUUGACUGAGAAACAAGGCAGCUGUCAGAUCAACAGGACUGCAUGGGAACAGUGCAUUAAGACUCUGAUGCAGCCUGAUGAUUCAAACCAGGAUCCACUUCUUUUUGUGCUGGAUGACAACUUCUACUACCCGAGCAUGAGAUAUGAAGUGUACCAACUAGCAAGAAAAUACUCCCUGGGCUUCUGUCAGGUCUAUCUGCAGUGUGAUGAGGAGUCAUGCAUCAGCAGAAACCAGAGCAGAUCUAAACCUGUCCCCACUGAGGUGAUAGUGGAAAUGGUUCAGCGUUUGGAGCCUCCAAAUCCACAGAAGAAUUCAUGGGAGAAAAACAGCAUUUUACUCAAUACCAAAGAAAAUUUGUCUGACAAUGACAUACAGAAAGUGAUGGAGUUGAUCUCCUCUGCUAUGUGCAACCCACUGAGCCUGGUUGAGGACAACACAGAGCAAAUGGAGGCUGACCGCCUGAAAUGUGCCACCAGUGUAGUUCACCAGGCUGAUCAGGCCUGCAGACGCCUCAUAUCUGACACUAUGAAGACUGCCCGAGAAAAUCAAGUCCCACCAGAGAAAAUGAAGUGUUUGGCUGCUCGCCUGAAUGAAUCCAAAGCAGCGUUUCUUCCCAACCUGAGGAGACAGCUGCUUGAAGACGCGGCAUUCUUACAGGAUGAGGAAUUGGACGUGGAACGUGUAGUGAAAAGAGCCAUAGAUGUUUUUGAUCGAGAGAGAAAGGAAAUCCUCUCCUUCAUCACAAAUGGAAAAUAAUGAAUUGAAUCAU